GCUCGCUCUACGCCGGCGUAGGCUUUGUGAAAAUAUGUUCCGCUGAAAAGCAGUUUUCCGAUGAACUUUCGCGGGAUAUAACUUUGAAGUUAUACCUUCGUGUAUUGUUAGUGAAAUCGUGCAUAUAAUAACCAUUAGUUUACAAACUCUUUUUUCAUUCCACAAAAAUUCACGUACAAGUUUUAUAUUGUGCUACGUUUUUUUAAACGUAAGAUAAUAUAGACUAGGAUGUUACUUAGAGUUUUCAAAACUUUCCUGCUUCUAAGUCUCGCUCAGGCGGCAACCACAGGUGUGACACUCAGAAAUCACAAUAAAACUGAUGGCUUCGACGGUCCAUGCUUGUUAUCCGAAUACACCAACAGGGCGUCUUGCACGUUGUAUAAUGAGGUGUUAUUGUGUGCUAGAGGUUUUACGAGCAACUGGUUAACUAAGGCGAGGUAUCAUUUAAUAUCACAUUUGAAGAUAUUGGAGUGGCCUGGAUACUGCGUCAAUGUGGGUCACCUUCAAAGCCAUUUUCCUUAUCUACGGACUCUGGACAUAAUAAAUAGUACUAUUUUGAAAAUAUUCAAAGGUAACUUUGACUCUUCGAGUAAAAUUGAGAAGAUCACGAUGCAUGACCUUACCUCAUUGUGGGAGGUGCCAGCAAGUUUAGUAGAAAAUAUGAGGCACUUGCAAGUAUUAGACCUUAGAAAUAACUCGUUGAGGCAUAUGAAAGAGAACCUCAUACGUGGACCACCUGUUCUAGAAACGGUUUAUCUUGCAAACAAUAACUGGGACUGCAGCGACGGCGGGUUGGACUGGCUGGCAAUAGAGAAUGAGAAUGGAACCGUGAGGAAUAAGUUAACAGAUUAUUACCAGUUAAUGUGCCACCAACAAUUGUAUCGAGGGAAACCGCUGUACAAAGUCAUGGAUAUUAUACGGACAGUAAAACAGACGUGCCCCGAGAUGUGCGUGUGUGCAAUGACCCACGUGGUGUCCGACGCCAAGGGCACGCUGAUCCCCCUCAUCACCGCCAACUGCACGGAGAAGGAUCUGGAGCAUCCGCCCGCCUCGCUCCCGCCCAGUACCACCACGCUGCGCCUUGAGGGAAACAAGCUUACCAGCAUAGGAGAGCUGGUUCAGAAUCCGCAAUACCAAACUCUAAUGGACCUAUAUCUCGACAAUAACAGCAUCCAAUCUGUCAAAGAGUGGGAGGGCUCUGAGUGGUUCUCCACAUUCAGAGUAUUGAGUCUGCGCGGCAAUUUGUUAAAACAGAUUCCAGUCUAUGCAUUCGACAAGGCCUUCCAGGGAAAUAACAACAUUAUGCAUGUGUUCCUGGGACACAACCCUUGGAGGUGCGACUGCCACUUCAUCCCUAGGUUUCAAGGACUGCUUCUGAAGUAUAAAAGGGUUAUACGGGACCUGAUGGACAUAAGAUGCGCCAGAUCAGACGACAAGACCAUUUCUUAUGUGCAGAUCAGCACCAUGGCUUUGGGGGACGUGUGCAGGAACAGUGACGUGAACAUGCCCAUAAGUACUAUAAACAUAGUGAAUUUGGUCCUCUUAAUGCUCAUUUUGAUAGUCGUCGGCAGGUUUGUGUAUGAUUGGCACAAGUUUAGAGCGACUGGGAAAUUGCCAUGGAUAUCUUCGAUUUUGCCCUGAAUAAUGGUAUAUUGUGUUGCCAACUUUCCACUUGGAAAUGAACAAUACUGUUACAAUAUUAUGAAAGUUACGUACAAUAUGUAAUCAAAUUAUCAAUACAUUCUUAAACAGUGAACAAAUUGAUUUGUUUUGCUACUAGCGGACGCCCGGGUGGAAAUCAAUGUAAACUACAUUGAUUUCCACCCGUUUACAUUUACGUUUACAACCCCUAUUUCGCCACUAUAAGGGUUGAAAUUUAUAAAUUUUAGAAUCACAUUAUAUUUCGAGCCGUGAUAGCCCAGUGAAUAUGACCUCUGCCUCCGAUUCCGGAGGGUGUGGGCUCGAAUCCGCCCGGGGCAUACACCUCCAACUUUUCAGUUGUGUGCAUUUUAAGAAACUAAAUAUCACGUGUCUCAAACGGUGAAGGAAAACAUCGUGAGGAAACCUGCAUACCAGAGGAUUUUCUUAAUUCUCUGCGUGUGUGAAGUCUGCCAAUCCGCAUUGGUCCAGCGUGGUGGACUAUUGGCCUAACCCCUCUCAUUCUGGAGGAGACUCGAGCUCAGUAGUGAGUCAAAUAUGGAUUGAUAAUGAUUAUAUUUCGUAUUAUUUAUGAUUUAUGAACAAAUUUUUCAAACUGUUACUCUAAAAAUGAAGGACUUUCAAUACAAACUUUCAACUCUUAUUUCGUUUGUUUUGCUCCGUUCAGCCGUUUAGCCUUGAUAAGGUAACAGACAGACAGACUUACUUUCGCAUUUAUAAUAUUAGUAUAGAUUUUCCACGAAAAACCCGAUGAAUCCAAGCGACAACGUCAACCAGAUCCGAGGAAAAAUUAUCUACGUACAAAACUCGAGCAUUUUUGGAUUUGUCUGCUUUUUGUGGAAAAUAGAAAUAUAACGCUUGCGUUUAUACCUUUUCAUACAUUUAUAUAACACCUACAAUCUACAUACAUAACAUUUGAUACAUAUUUAGGGGCUAGGGCGGCACCGAACGUUGCGAGUCAGCAAGGUAAUUAUCGCUAGUUUACAUCCCAAUUAGAUUAAUUAGACUAAAACAUAAUUAAUUUUAUUACUGUAGUUAUUCUCGUACCUUGUGUGAUAUAUUUAGAGUAAGCUAAGCAAUUAAUGUAAAGUUCGCAUUCUAAUUAUUAAGUAUAUAACUAUAUUAUAGAGUAACUAUACUGUGUUUUAUAAGCAUAAGUAUAGGAGUCCUUUAGUCCAGGAACAGAAUAUUUAUUAAUGACCCUAUUGCUCGAACUUUGUUUAAGCCCCAGUGGGUUUCUCACUAUACUAUAACCUUUCUUGCCGAGUACUGUUUAUCAACGUACAAAUUAAAAAUGAGGGUAU